GCUUCAGUUUCUGUUUCCGCUUUAAAACACAACUCAGUUGUGUUGUUCUUUUUCGUUUUCUCAUCAGUUUCCGUUAUAGUCGUUGAUUCUGAAAGAAGGUUGAACUUUGCUAUUGAGUUGUUUUGGAACAAAGUCGUAUUUAUGUUUCGAUAACGAUACCAACUUCUCCUUAACGUACAGAAGAAAGGAGGAAUAGUUUUACUUUCGUGUCUCAUCUGAAAAGCUUUGCGCGGUGCGAGGAUCAAAAGGAUUUGUGUGUGAACUUCACUGUUACAUAACCUGCCAGCUUUGCCUUUUUGUGAUAAGCCCCCGGCCCGGACCUCGGCGUGCGAGCAGCGAGGAAGGCGUAAGGCGUCCGAGGUCCGCUCUUCAGAUUGUGCGGCGAGAGGCUGCGCUCAACUAUCACAUUCUGCUUAAACUACGUCGACGAUGCCGACCCAUGCAGGAGAAAAGACUCUCGAGUGUAGUGUGUGCAAUAAGAAGUACACUUCAGAUACCGGUCUGUACAUGCACAUGAGAACGCACACAGGAAAGAAGCCGUUUGAGUGUAAUGUGUGCAAAAGAUCAUUUUACAGGCGUGACUACCUCAAACAACAUUUGCGCACUCACACGGGAGAGAAGCCUUACGAGUGCACCUUGUGCCAGAAGGCGUUCGCUACAAACACUGCUCUAAGAGUACACCUCGCCACCCACUUAACGGCCAGGCCUUAUAAGUGUACAGAGUGUAGCAAAACGUUCUGUUCCUCAGGUGAUUUGCAGCGCCAUGUCCGCACUCAUACAGGGGAGAAGCCCUACAAGUGUGCGUUGUGCAGUAAAAAGUUUACUAGAUCUCAUCACUUGCAGAGACAUUUACGUAGCGCUCACAUCACUGAGCCUACCGAACUUGUUGAGUGCGACAUCUGCCACAAGAAGUAUUCCCGAAGGUAUCUGAAGUUACACAUUCACAGCACACACUCAAGUGGAAAGGCUUUCGAAUGCGCUAUGUGCUUUAAAAGGUUUACUACAUCGUCUAGUCUCAACAAUCAUCGCUAUCGCAUACAUACGCACACAGGCCCAAAGCCUUUUAAGUGCUCUGUGUGCCCCAAGGAUUUUCAUAUCCAAUCUGAACUGGAGGCACAUUUCCCUAAGCACAAGGAUGAGAGGCCAUAUGAAUGCACUCUCUGUCAGAAAUCGUUCGUCAUGCGUUAUUACCUAACGAACCAUAUUCUGCAGGUGCAUACAGAUGAGAAAAAACGGAACUGCACCAUAUGCCUCAAAUCAUUUCGAGGUAGUGCUAGUCUGAAGUGUCACAUUCGCACGCACACCAAAGAAAAGCCCUUCGAGUGUACAAUCUGUAAAAAGAAAUUCACUGUACAAAGUACAUUGACUACCCACCUCCGCGUUCACACAGGGGAGAAACCCUACAAGUGCAGUGUAUGUCACAAGGAGUUUUCGCAGUUAGGUAACAUGCAGUCUCAUUCGCUUAUGCAUGAUGCACCGAAUUCGUUUAAUUGUACGGUGUGCAAAAAAACCUUUGCAACCGGAUACAAUCUUAAGUUUCAUCUGCGUAACUCUCACGUCAGUGAUAAGACUUUCAAGUGCACCGUUUGCCUGAAAACAUUUGGCCGGGAAGAUCAUCUGAUGGACCACCUCUUCACACACAUCAAGACGUAGAUAAAGCAUUUGAGGUGCUUGUGAAUGUUACGAGUCGUACGACGACUCAUCAAAAGUAAUCUAAAGUACUAAAAUAAACCUACUGUUGACAGUCUAGUAAUAGGCUUCACACUUGUCGACACUUGUAUUUCACAGUUUAGAACUUAUAAAUUUAAAAGUAAACAAUUCCUCUUUCUCGCCAUACAACUUACAAUGAAAAUAGAACAGUUUUGAUCUUGUAUAAUGGACUGUUUCAAACUUUUGAAAAACGUCUUUCACAGUGCACUGAAUGGUGCUUUCGAAAUUUUUGUUUGAGAGACGUUGACAGACUUCGAUCUUCGUAUUGCAUAAAAAAUAUUUGCAAGGCAAGCCGUCAGAAUCCAUGUAAACGGUGUGUUAGUAUUGCAAAGAAAUCGUUUACAACCUUGCGUAGAACUAUUUCGUAUUACAAUGCUUCGCAAUUCUUUCAAAAGCUGCAAAUAAAAUCGUUUCGAACACGAACCUGUUCUUUGCAGUUAUGAUUGCCUAACGUCACAAAUAUUUAAUCGUUCUUGCUACCUGUUUUCAAUUAUUUAUUUUACUCUUGUGUUUUGUUAAAUGAAAUGCUCUGUGAAAUAAAACGUUUGAAUCUAGAAAGUGU